AUGCCCCCCCUGGCACUGAACAAGCAGGCAGCCGCGGUGUUCGUCCUGAGCUGCGUGUGCGCGGUGCCUCUGCACAGCCAGAAGGCGGGCCAGGUGGACCCCCUGGCGGUCUCCCGCUCCAACCCGCACUGCUGGGACUCGUCGUCGGCUCUGCUGCUGGAGAUGCGCUCCCCCAGGGUCGCCGACACGGUGUCUGCCUUCUGGGACCUCAUGGUGGUCCUCAGGUCGUCGGACAACAGCAAGCACACGGCCCUCUUCUGGGACCUAGCGCGGGUCUUCUGGAACAACUAUGUGGACUGCAUCGUGUCCAGGAGCCACGGCCUUGGACGCAGACAUGUGACCCACGGCCCCUACCUCAGCACUGACAAGUCCUUCAAGUUUAAAAGCUCAGGAGCAAACUUGUGGCUGCGGCUUCGCUUCCAAGUGAGGAGCAAAGGUCACAUCAAAACCAGGAAGACCAAAGCGUCUUGA